GAUAGUUAAGCUGGGCACUUUUGCAACUGCUGCUUCCACAGCAGGCAGACUGUGUUAGAGGUGUGUUGUGCUCUGCACUGCAGGGACGCAGGAGUUUUCGCACUAAAGGCCUCUUUCUCUCAGCCAGCUUCAGCUCCAGGAGUUCCAGGACCAUGGCAGAACCAGAACAUGCUCACGUUGAGACCACCAAGAUGGGUGUGGGUCGAGCAAUUGCAGUGCUGACCUCAGGAGGCGAUGCCCAGGGCAUGAAUGCAGCCGUGAGGGCCACUGUUCGAGUGGGACUGUCCACGGGAGCCAAGGUGUACUUUGUUCAUGAGGGUUACCAGGGUCUGGUGGAUGGGGGAGACAAUAUCGAACUGGCGUCUUGGGAGAGUGUGUCAAUGAUGUUGCAGCUGGGUGGUACUGUGAUUGGAAGUGCCCGCUGUCAGGAUUUCCGCACAAAGGAGGGCCGCACCAAGGCUGCAUGUAACCUGGUCAAGCUUGGUAUCACCAACUUGUGCGUUAUUGGAGGUGAUGGCAGUCUGACAGGUGCCAACCAGUUCCGAACAGAGUGGAAAGAAUUACUGGCAGACCUUCUUAAAACGGGGAAAAUCACAGCAAAUGAGGCUAAAAGUUCUUCCCACCUCAACAUUGUUGGAAUGGUUGGCUCCAUUGACAAUGACUUCUGUGGCACUGACAUGACCAUCGGCACUGACUCUGCCCUGCAUCGCAUCAUAGAGAUAGUGGACGCCAUCACCACCACAGCUCAGAGUCACCAGAGGACCUUUAUUCUGGAGGUAAUGGGCAGGCACUGUGGUUACCUUGCCUUGGUGACAGCUCUGGCCUGCGGCGCUGACUGGGUGUUUAUCCCAGAGAUGCCCCCAGAUAUCGGGUGGGAGGAACAUCUGUGCAGAAGACUCACAGACCAAAGAAACCGUGGCUCCCGUUUGAAUAUUAUAAUUGUUGCAGAGGGAGCAAUGGAUCGCACGCAUGUCCCGAUCACCUGUGAUACUAUCAAAGAGCUUAUAGGGAAGAAUCUUGGCUUUGACACUCGUACCACCAUCCUGGGUCAUGUACAGAGAGGAGGAACUCCCUCCGCUUUUGAUAGAAUCUUGGCGAGCAGGAUGGGUGUGGAGGCUGUCAUGGCUCUGCUGGAGGCCACACCUGACACUCCUGCUUGUGUGGUCAGCUUGUCUGGAAACCAUGCUGUCAGGCUCCCCCUCAUGGAGUGUGUGCAAGUGACUAAAGAUGUCACCGUAGCCAUGUCUGAAGGACGCUUUGAGGAUGCUGUGAAGCUCAGGGGAAAGAGUUUUGAAAAUAACUGGAACACAUAUAAAAUGCUGGCCCAUGUGCGCCCCCCGGAAACUAAGAGCAACAUCAACAUCGCCAUAUUGAAUGUGGGUGCUCCAUGUGCGGGAAUGAACGCAGCAGUGCGUUCAGCUGUCAGGACCGGACUCCUCCAAGGCCACCAGAUGCUGGGAGUGCACGACAGCUUUGACGGCUUGGCUCGCGGAAAAGUUGUGCCUAUUGGUUGGUCUGGGGUGGCAGGAUGGACCGGAAAGGGAGGCUCCAGCCUCGGCACAAAGAGAUCCCUGCCACAUGAGCACAUGGAGGAGAUCAGUCAGGCCAUCGCUAAGUUCAAUAUUCAUGCCAUGAUAUUAAUUGGAGGCUUUGAGGCAUUCCUUGGAGGUCUGGAGAUGGUGCAAAGUAGAGAAAAGUAUGAGGAACUUUGUAUUCCAAUUGUCGUUGUUCCUGCUACUGUUUCCAACAAUGUUCCAGGAACUGACUUCAGUGUUGGUGCUGACACUGCCCUCAACACCAUAACCAUGACAUGUGACAGGAUCAAGCAAUCUGCUGCUGGCACCAAAAGAAGAGUGUUCAUUGUUGAGACAAUGGGGGGCUACUGUGGCUACCUUGCAACCAUGUCUGGCUUAGCAUCAGGUGCUGAUGCUGCUUACAUUUUUGAAGACCCCUUCAACAUUCGUGAGCUCGAGAUGAACGUGGAACAUCUGGUGGAUAAAAUGAAAACCACAGUGAAGAGAGGACUCAUUCUGAGAAAUGAGAACUCCAAUACCCACUACACUACUGACUUUAUCUACAGCCUGUAUUCAGAGGAAGGAAAGGGUGUGUUUGACUGCCGGAAGAACGUGCUCGGCCAUAUGCAGCAGGGUGGAACACCCAGUCCAUUUGACAGGAACUUUGGCACUAAGAUGGGGAUGAAAUCCGUUCUCUGGUUGACUGACAAGCUGAAAGAAUGCUACAGACAUGGUCGUAUCUUUGCUAAUUCUUCGGAUUCAGCAUGCGUGCUGGGAAUGCGGAAAAGAGCUAUGGUUUUCCAGCCUCUGGCAGACCUCAAAGAUCAGACUGACUUUGAACAUCGUAUACCAAAGACCCAGUGGUGGAUCAAGCUCAGGCCCAUCAUGAAAAUCCUUGCCAAGUACAACAUCAACCUGGAUACUUCUGAGAAGGCUACAAUGGAGCAUGUCAUCAAGAAGAGAGGCUUAGUUCAGCAAUAGUUUUUCAGCCGUAUUACUCAGGACAUGAGCUUAUUCUGUUCCUUUAAAGCACUUUGUAAACUAUGUCUCAAUGUGAGUGCAAUAUGAAUAAAUCACUCCAUUCAUUGAAACAUAUCUAACAACAUAUCUACAACAGCUUUAUAACAUUGUGAAUUGUGAGGGGAAGAUGUAACAGUGGGGGAAAAACAGAUAUAAUGCAGUUUAUUGUAGUUUAACCAAAGAAUAAAGUUUGGAAUAAACUUGUACUUCAUG